AAUGGAUUUCCAUGACUUGUCGCACCGGGAUUUGGUAUUAAAUCGUCCAUAUGUCCCUCUUAACACCUUAGAAACUAACUUCCCCACUCCGCUCUACAGUGAUCAAUACCUUUCUCUGAGAGGGCCCCGGAACGCCCCUGUUAUAAAAGAGGCCGUCCGCUGGAAAUUCACCCCUAUGGGGUGGGAUGCCAUCCCUCAAACCUGGUAUACCGGUCUGACAAACAGCCGCAACCGCGAUGCCUGGUACGCCAUCACUGAGCCCCUGGGCCGAGAGACCCACCACCGCUGGCAGAGGUCCGGUGCCAAACAGGAGAAGGCUCUGCCACCUGUCGUCAACCGCAAUCGUUCUGCUGAGGAGCUGAAGGGAAAACCAGGGUACGUACCCCACCUUUCUCUCCACACCCCGGUCUUCACAGCAAAGGACUACCGCACCUGGAGGAUGUUCGGCCACCAGCCUUCGACCAACAACCAGUAA